CCCAUCAUGAAGUAAUAUUAGCCUCAACGACUGUAUAUAUCCCUCCCAAGAAAAGAUACGAAGAAAGAAGUAAAGAAGGAAGAAAAGAAGUGAAGAUGUACAGGAAGCAUCUUUCCUCCAUUGCCAACGAGGUCCUCCAGAGAUGUGCAGAGACUCUAAAUGCUUCCGUAGAAGGUCUAGUAGAAGAGUUCGAAGUGGGAUGGAAGUUAGAAACAAAUGAUUAUUCAAGAAAAUUGGUGGAAUUUUGCAGCUCAAAGGCUCUUAGUAACAUUUGUUGUAAUUUAGAAAAAAAUAUUGAGGAUGGGUUGUUCAGCCGGGUCACCUUUGAUAUGAUGCUUGCUUGGGAGAGACCUACCUCAGCAGAUGAAGAAUCAUACUCGGAGUGUGUGGCCAAGGAGACAGAAGAUAAGAAGGUAGUACCAGAAGGGAGUCAACAGGAUGAUGAUAUACCUCUUUUCUACUCUGAUAUCAUGCCACUGCUUGUGAGCAAUGAACCAAGCAUUGGGGAAGAUUCUUUUGUGUGGCUGGGUUCCUUGGUUCCUUUAGUCGUCGAUGUUGCCAAUGGGAGAUUUACUUUUGAAGCACUAACAGCAUCUACAGCGAACCAGCUCCACUAUCCUGCUUAUGAUAGAUUCAUAACAGAAGUCCACAAGUGCAACAAGUAUUUGCAAAAACAAACAAUACCAAAGGGUGUAUACUUCAGAGAUGAUGAGUUUAUAUUCCAUGUAGAUGGAACUGCAACAACACAAAGAGUUAUACGCCACAUUGGAGGAGCAAGUUGGCCUGGUAGACUGACCUUAACAAAUUAUGCUCUUUACUUUGAGGCAUCGGGAGCUGUAUCUUAUGAAGAUGCACUCGGGAUUGACCUGUCAAAGGACGUUGAUCACAGUGUGAGACCAGCUUCCACAGGACCUUGGGGUGCUCCGCUCUUCGACAAGGCUAUAAUUUAUGAGUCCUCCCAAUUGCAAGACAGUGUGGUGUUGGAGUUCCCAGAGAUGACAAGCUCUACUAGACGUGACCUCUGGUUUGCGUUGAUAAAGGAAGUUAUCUUACUCCAUCAGUUCUUACUGAAACAAAAGAUUGAAUCUCAAAUACAGGCAUGGGAGAUGCAUGCAAGAACAAUAUUAGGGAUUUUCAGGCUCCAUGCAGCUAGAGAGAUGCUAAGGCUAUCACCCCCUGUUCCAACCAGCUUCUUAAUAUUUUCCUUGUUUGAUGAGUUACCCAAGGGAGACUAUGUGUUGGAAGAGCUAGCCAAUAGCCUGAAGCAGGUCAAUAGCAUCCACCCAUGCAGUCCAAGCUCUAUUCUCGGGCAAUUGAACAUGUCAGAUGCCCGGGUCUCAAGUACAGAGGUUAAAGAGGGGGUUGAAGAAAGCAUUAAUCACCAAAGUGAUACUCUUGCAUCAUUAGAUUCCGCAAUUAAUCAAGUAAGAGAGGAGGCAAAAGAAGUCAGUAUUGCAAAGUCUACUGUUGAAGGGUUGAAAGAGGAAGGAAUCAGUGAUAGUUUCCUAGUUCUAAUGGAGCUGUUAAGGCCACUUCAAAGCAUGUUAUUGCAGUGUCAAGGAGUCCUCAGAUGGGAAAGACCACUAGUUACCCUCUUUGUACUUUCUGCAACUCUCAUAGUCAUCUACAAGGAAUGGAUAGGUAAGGUGAUUGCUGCAUCCUUGUUAUGGGCCGCGGGCAAAAUGAUUAAGGAAAGACAAGGGAGAAGAGGAGAUGAAUGCGCCAAGAUUGUGGUUUACACUGGCUCUGACCAGACAACUAUGCAGACCAUUGUGUCAGCACAACAUGGAUUAAAAACUGUUCAGGCCAUGGUACAAAACACAAACAUCUCAAUAUUGAAGAUUAGAUCCAUGUUACUCUCAAGGUCUUCUAAGCACACCAAUCAAGUGAUGAUGGUGAUGAUUGGAUUAGCAAUCUUGUUAGCAGUGAUUCCAUUCAAGGUAUUUCUCAUCGUCCCGAUGUUAUACUGUUUCAUUAUGAAUUCAAAGAUGGGAAAGUACCUUUCGGGUGACCAAAGUAACAGGCGACUGAAGGAGCGGUGGGAUUCAAUUCCAAUUGUUCCUGUGGAAGUUGUAGACAAGACAGAUUAGAUCUUCCAUUUAUCCAGGUGAAUUGAGUAGAUUCAGAGCUGUUUUAGCUUCUUUCAUGGCCAUUAUGUUCUUCCUUCUUUUUGUCUGUACUGUAAACACAGAUCCCAGAUUUUUGCUGGGAAACAGGUUUCUAUAUUGUGGUUGCAGCCUUAUGGUACCAGAAUAGCUACAUGGGCUAAGGUCCAGGCACAAACCUUACAGGAGUCUCACAUGUGUGGUUUAUGAUGCAACCAAAAUCAUGUUUGGUUAUUGAAUGUAGUUUUACCUCACUACUUUUC